CUCUCCCCUCCUCCUUUAUAUAAUCGUAAUUGUUAACAUCAUUCUCAUCAAGUUACGAUAAACAUUGACUUGAAACUGAUCAGAUCAAUUAACACACAGAGAGAGAGAGAGAGAGAAGCAUAGCAAACAUGGGAAGAGCUCCUUGUUGUGACAAAGCUAAUGUCAAGAGAGGUCCAUGGUCACCUGAAGAAGACACCAAACUCAAAUCUUAUAUUGAAGAGCAUGGAACUGGUGGCAACUGGAUAGCCUUGCCUCAGAAAAUAGGCCUCAAGAGGUGUGGGAAAAGCUGUCGUCUCAGGUGGCUGAAUUAUCUUCGUCCAAACAUCAAACACGGAGGUUUCUCAGAAGAAGAAGAUAACAUAAUUUGCAGCCUCUAUGUUACCAUUGGAAGCAGGUGGUCUAUUAUAGCAGCACAAUUACCAGGGCGCACUGAUAAUGACAUAAAGAACUAUUGGAACACUAAGCUGAAGAAGAAGCUACUAGGGAAGCAAAGGAAGGAGCAACAGGCUCAAGCUCGCAAAGUUUUUAACCAAAAGCAAGAGAUCAAGAGAGAGAGUGAAGAUUUGAUGUUACCUGUUGGAGUUAUUUUCAGAACUCCUUAUUAUUGGCCUGAACAACAACAUUCAUGGCACAUUCCAGUGACAAAUAAUGCUUCCAUUCAAUACUCCAAUCUCAACUACAACAAUCAAACAUCAUCAUUCAUCAAACACUUCCCUAGCAACAACAUAGUCACUGCCACCACCAUGAAUUCACAACACUCAUCACGUGACAUUUCCUUAAUACAAAACCAGUUACAUGAUUUACAUCCUUCCACAGUGAGCAUGGUAACCACGGACACGUGUCACACAUCAAACGUGCUUCAAGGGUUUGGGAAUUUUUCCAUGGCCAGUGACUUGGCCUGUGUGAAUCAGCAGCAACAAAUAGAUGGGUCAAUGCGGGUUUUUUAUGGAUUGGAAACCAUGGACGUGGCAACAAAUGGUAGCACAAACACUAGUACUUCAACAGAAAGCAUUAGUUGGGGAGACAUAAGCUCUUUGGUUUACUCGCCUUUGUUGGUUUCUGACUACGAAGCUUGUCAACAAAGAUUAUUAAUGCCUCAAGAUGUUACUUUCGAGGAGUCUAGUUACUUUGCAAUGCAAACGCAAUAACAGCUCCUUAAAGAGUAUCAAACAAAACCCUAAAGAGAUCACUUUAGCUUAGAGUUUUUCUCCCUUUUUUGUUGUUUCUUGUUUUGUUUGAAUUGCUUGUAGCUUCUUAUAGUUGCUUAAUUAUUAAUUACACUACACUUUUGCUCUGCUCUGAA